CUGCAGCAUCUGCCCGCCACCCCAGGGUCACUGACAGCCCCAUGUGACUGUCUGAGGCAGAUGUUUCCUGCCCCGGGGGAAGGCUGUGUCAGUGCCCAGGGAAGCCCCAGAGCUGACAUCGCCCUGCCCAGCCAUGGGUCCCAACCUGUUCCUGCUGCUGCUCCUGGGAAUAGCAGGCCAGGGCUUGGCUGGCAUCCUCCCGGAGGUGCUGCAGGCACCGGUGGGGGGCUCCAUUCUGGUGCAGUGUCUCUACCGACUCCAGGACAUCAAGGCUCGGAAGGUGUGGUGCCGGUUCCUGCCAGAGGGGUGCCAGCCCUUGGUGUCCUCAGCCGUGGAUCGCAGAGCCCCAGGGCACAGCCGCGCCUUUCUCACUGACCUGGGGAGCGGCCUGCUUCAGGUGGAGAUGAUCUCCCUGCGGGAGGACGAUGCCGGGGAGUACGGCUGUGUGGUGGAGGGACCCUCUGGACCCCAGACGCUGCACAGAGUCGCUCUGGACAUCCUCCCUGCUGCCUCUGACCGGGAAGAGGAGGAGGAGGAAGACGAGAUCUACAAGGUUGGCAGUCUGGCUAAUGACCCUGUAGGCAGUGCCAGCCCUCUGGAACCCAGCCAGGAUAAGAGCAUCCUCUUGAUCUGGGGUGCUGUGCUCCUGCUGGGUCUGCUGGCGUUGGCGGUGGUGCUAUUUGCUGUGAUGGCCAAAAGGAAAGCACACAGGCUUGGUGUUUGUGGCCGAUCCCAGGGCAGUGGAAUUUCACACACGGCACCUUCCUCAGUGCUCCACAACAUCGGUGACUCUGGACUGACUGCAGACGUGCCAUCGGCCAUACCAUAUGUUAGGCUUGACUCACUACCUUCCUUUGACAAUACCACCUACAGCAGCCUACCUCUUGAGCCCCUACCAGGGAAAGCCCCACCCCCCGCCCCAUCCUCAUCACCCCCUCUGCCUCCUAAGGUCCUGAUCUCCUCCAAGCUGACAUAUGCCACAGUCAUCUUCCCUGGAGGGGACAAGAGUGGAGGAGCCUCCCGGAAGCCAGUCCAAGAUCCCCCUAAUAGCCAGACUCCACCUAGCUGAGCUGCUCACCGCACUGUGUGCUCACAGAGAGUGCCCCCGGGGUUCCUUCUGUGCACCCGCUCACCCAGCCAGCUCAUGCCCUAGAUCCUUAGCAUAUCAGAGCAACUAGGUGACUUUAGGGUCUAUUAUAAUCUAAUGUCUUGACUUUCUGACCUGGAAAGUGAUGAUUGGGUGUGACUGAGGUAUCUUGGGGAAGCCGCCCCUCCCCCACCCGUGUUAGUUCCUCUGCCAUUAUGCCACUGGACUCA